AUGAAGUACCUCGCUGUCGCAUUUAUGGUAGCCAUCUCAGCAUUAGUCUCUUAUGCCGAACCACUUCCCGAUCUUCUAAAAAUAGCCGGUUCCCACGCCGGUUACAAGCCAGCACCAACAAAUACACCAACACCACAACUCUGCGCCCAAAAACAACUAGCUUUCGGUGACAAGACCUGCACCUACGUCUAUCAGUUUAGCAGUGACGACAACGGUGACAAUGCCAGUGCCAGAUCCUUCAUCAUCGACACUAACUGUGUUGUACUACAAACGGGCGAAGCUCCAACCCAAGAGUCCACUUCAAAUUGGAGCUAUCAGUUUAGAACAUGCAAUAUUGUCAAACUGAACGAGGUGGUUAAGGAAAAGUGGGAACCUACAAAUGAAGAGUAUCUCAUGCCUCUUUAUCAGAGUGAUGGGCAAAUGUCAAAAGACGGCCAACGUGGUCCAUCAGAGAAUGGCCGCGGCGAUAAGAGAGAGGCAUGUACUUUGAAGUAUAACGAUCUCCCGGAUAAUGGAGCAAGAUAUGCAUGGAUUUCUAUGAAGCUUUCAACAUUCCUCCCAAUUUUGGCGGGAACGCUUGCCGUCGCCCUUCCAACAGAGGUUCUCACGAAGCGCGACAACAAAUUUUGUGUUACUCGAGGCCCAGGUACAUGUACCUUCGGGUGGCAAGAAUACACAAAUUUCAAUGGAGACUUUUCGUCCGAGGCCAGAAUCUACGAUCACAAAUGCAUCCAAAAGGGAGGUCUUAUAAGCCCUAAUAUUGACCAAUUUGUGACAGUUACAUCUGCCAACCCUCCCAUGACCGUGUCGAUCAACGGAUGGGCUCAGCCCCCGCAACUAGUUACCCAAGCAAUCCCAAAACUUGGGGUGGAAAAGACGGAUGUGCCUGCGGGACAGGAGAAGGAACCAAUUUCUGGGGAUGUAGAUGUGCGUUCGAUUGCCCUUAGAUUGGCAUCGGGUGAAGAAGUAUUACAUGCAGAUGCCACUUGGAAAUUCGAUAUUCAACAAGAGGAGGGAAUAUAA